AGCCCCGCUCGGCGCGGCGCGGCGCGGGGGCCGCUUCCUCCUCCGCUCGGGCUGCCCGGCUUUUAAAGGCGGCGCGCCCGGAGCCGGCCCCACAGCGCCGCCGGAACUCCGCGCUGCGCUUGCCGAGCAGGAGCGCAGCGGAGCCGGCCGAGCCCGGGGAAGCCCCAUGGGGCGGGGGCAGCGCGGCGCCGGCCGGCCCUAGGCUGCCCGCCCCGGCCGGCCGCAGCAUGCCGGCGGCGUUGCUUCUGCUGUGGCUGGGCUGCCUGGGCAGCCUCUGCCACGGGUACUUCGAGGGCCCGCUGUACCCCGAGAUGUCCAAUGGCACUCUGCAUCACUACUUCGUCCCCGACGGGGACUACGAGGAGAACGACGACCCCGAGCGCUGCCAGCUGCUCUUUAGGGUGAGCGAGCAGCGGCGGUGCGGGGCGGCGGCGGCGGCGGGCGGCGGACUGAGCCUGCGGGAGGAGCUGACGGUUCUGGGCCGGCAGGUGGAGGACGCGGGCCGGGUGCUGGAAGGCAUCGGCAAGAGCAUCUCCUACGACCUGGACGGGGAGGAGAGCUACAGCACCUACCUGCGCCGGGAGUCUGCCCAGAUCAGCGACGCCUACUCCAGCUCGGACCGGUCGCUGAGCGAGCUGGAGGGCAAGUUUCGGCAGGGGCAGGAGCAGGGGGGCCGGGAGGAGGCUCGCCUGGGCGACAGCUUCCUGGGGCUGCUGCUGCACGCCCGCGCCCUGCUCCGGGAGACCCGCCACAUCUCCAGCGGGCUGCGGGACAAGCACGACCUCCUGGCCCUCACCGUCCGCAGCCACGGCGCCCGCCUCAGCCGCCUCAAGAACGACUAUCUCCGCGCCUGAGCCGGGACCCUCCGGGGAAGAGCGGCUUCAGUCGGCGCCAGCCCGCGGGCUGUGUCUGCAGGCAGCACCUCCUGAGGCAAAUGCACCCUUCAGCCUGGAAAAAACUUAUUUAUUGCGUUUGACUUCCCGAUCAGUACCGCAUCUCUGUAAACCAGGCCGUCGGAAGUACGGUUAAGUUAACGUCCCGUAUUUAAAACGUUACCCCGUGUUACAUCGUCCGUCCUUGGUGGCCAGAAGAAGUAAGCUUUCGCCUCUCGAUUCCCUCUCGUCGGUUUCUGUGUCGCCUGUUCUGCUGCGGCUCACCUGCGGCUGAGGUGGACAAAGCGUGGUGCUCACCAGCCGUGUGCGGACUGACUCGCUGUGGCAGAUGUUUGAAUCGCUUUUGUUGUUACUCCCCUUCAGGGUGCAGUCUCUGGCCCUCUGUUAACUUCUUCCUACCCUUUUGUAACGCUCUGUAUUGUACACAUGUUAAAUAUUGCUCUACUCCGUCACUUAGAGCUGUGAUUUCCCUUCGUGUCAUGAAAGGUGGGAACUGUUCUGGCAGCAUUUGUACUCUCCCAGGCUUGCUUAUCUGUGACUCUAAGCUAUCAUAACCCCAAAAGCCAGCCAAAAAGACUUAUGUCAGAUCCCGAGAAUGCUGAUGUAGAUUUAUAUAUAGAGAGAGAGUAAGAUUGAACCCUAGUGGUAAUUGCAGUUUCAGAGACCAAAGUUGAGAGCCAGGUUUCUUGGUGCACGUUUCCAAAGCAGACAAAAAGGUUUUGUCUGUGCCAGCAGUGACACUUCUUGUUGGUGCCUUUGUGCUUUUGCUAGCUAAGCUGUUAAUAAAAUUAUUUGUGCCCUCAGACAAUAGCAAAAGUGCCUAGUGAGAAGGAAGGAGAGGAUUGGGGGGGGUUGUUUGACUAUUUAAUUGUCACUUUGGGGUAAUGUGGCUACUAGGUUACGGAUACUGCAGGCAGAAUCACUGUUUGGAUUAAAAACAACCACCAAAAGUUCCUAUGUUGUUUGAAUAAAUAUUUGAAAGCAA